AUGUCUAAGACCAAGUCCGUUACCAAGAAGGGUGCCGACAAGCCUGUCGACAAGGCCUUGAACAAGGUCAAGGCCGCUGGCGUCACCAAGGCUUCCCAGUCUCCCAAGGCUAAGAGCAAGCAGAUCGCUCGCGAGCUCGCUUCCAAGGAGAAGUCCAAGCGCAAGAAGAAGGAGCCUACUCCUAGCAGCAGCUCCGAGUCUGACAGCGAUGAGGAGAUGGAGUCCACCAGCUCCAGCAGUGAGAGUGAAAGCGAGGAGAAGCCUACCAAGAAGGUGGUGAAGAAGGAGUCCAAGAAGGCCGAAUCCUCUUCCGAGUCCGAGUCGGAAUCUGGCAGCGACGAGGAGAUGGACGACGCUUCCAGCAGCGAGAGUGAGAGCGAGGAUGAGAAGCCUGCCAAGAAGGACGCCAAGAAGGUGUUCAAGAAGGCUGAAUCCUCUUCUGAUUCUGAGUCCGAGUCCGACUCUGACGAAGAGGAGGUGGCUCCCAAGAAGGCCGCCAAGAAGGAUUCCAGCGACAGCGAGGAUUCCGAGUCCGAGUCUGAGAGCGAGGAUGAGGCUCCUGCCAAGGCUAAGAAGGCUGAGAAGGAAUCUUCCGAGGAAACUGAGGAUUCUGACGAGUCUGAAGACUCCGAGGGCUCUGACUCCGACUCUUCCGAGUCCGAGUCUGAGUCUGAGAAGCCCUCCAAGAAGCGCAAGGCUGAGGAGGAGCCUGCUGCCGCCCCCAAGAAGUCGAAGAAGACUGAUGAGGAGGCUUCCGGCGCUUCUGCCAACCUUUUCGUCGGUAACCUGUCCUGGAACGUCGACGAGGAGUGGCUCCGCCAGGAGUUCGAGAGCUUCGGUGAGCUUUCUGGUGCUCGCAUUGUCACCGACCGCGAAUCUGGUCGCUCCCGCGGAUUCGGUUACGUCGAGUACGUCAGCGCUGCCGACGCUGCCAAGGCUUACCAGGCCAAGAAGGACACUGAGCUUGAUGGUCGCAAGAUCAACCUCGACUACGCCACUGGCCGCCCUGCCAACAACAACAACAACGACAACAACCAGGACCGCGCUCAGGCUCGCGCUCGUAACUUCGGUGACCAAGCCAGCCCUGAGAGCGACACCCUGUUCGUCGGCAACAUCCCCUUCAGCGCCAACGAGGACUCCGUCUCCGAACUGUUCGGUCAGUCGGGUACCAUUGUUGGAAUCCGUCUGCCCACCGACCCCGAGUCGGGCCGCCCCAAGGGCUUCGGUUACGUGCAGUUCUCCUCUGUUGACGAGGCUCGCCAGGCCUUCAACGACCUCAACGGCGCCGAGCUGAACGGCCGUUCCGUCCGUCUCGACUUCAGCACUCCCCGUCCCAGCAACGGGGAUGCUCCUCGUGGUGGUCGUGGCGGCUUCGGCGGUCGCGGUGGCCGUGGUGGUCCUCGCGGUGGUGGUUCUCGCGGAGGUGGCCGUGGUGGUCGUGGAGGCUUCGGCGGUCGCGGCGGCUUUGCCCCCAACAAGGCUCGUGGUGGUAUCCCCGAGUACAAGGGCACCAAGGUCACCUUCUAG